CAAUAGAUGUCAUUUCGAGAUGAAUGAGUGCAGUCGGUGUUAUCGUACAUAACUGACUGAUCAUGGCACAUUGGUUUUAGGUAGAUUUAGAUAAGAUUAAUCAGCAUAUUGAAAUCGUACGAAUUCUGUGCGUUUUGACCGUAUAUCGCAGGAACAAGGACAAAGGAUGUCCGGCUUCGACGAGAAUCCCUUCGGGGAGCCCACGAUCAACGAUCCCUUCUCGGAUCCAGCAAUACGAAGAGCAGUAACUUCUACACCUGCUAGUAGAGGUCUUGAAGAUUAUAAUCCUUUUGCUGAGCAAGGUACUCAAGGGACUACACAAGUCAGAGGAGCGGUGAAUCCGCCGAUUUAUGGUGGAGUUGGUGCAACGCAACAACCAGCCACACUUCAACCUACUAAUCAAGAAGCACCUCCUCCUGCAUAUGCUCGCACUCCCCAGCAAACAGUCAAUACAGCGCUUGGAAGUUCUUUGUCACCUUCGUCAGAUCAACGAGCUGAACCAGAAUGGAAAGCCAGAGCAGAAGAAGAAUUAAGAAAUACUCCUUACUACCCAAGGCGAAAUAAUUGGCCACCACUACCAGACAAAUGUUGUUUCCAACCAUGCUUUUAUCAAGAUAUUGAUGUAGAAAUUCACACUGAUUUUCAAAAAAUAGUGAGACAAUUAUAUUAUCUUUGGAUGUUUCAUGGAUGGGUCCUGCUAAUGAAUGUAAUUGGAGGAUUUGUUUUGAUGCUUUGUGACGAGGGUUUCUCAGUAUUUGGUCUAGCAAUCCUGUAUCUUAUACUCUUUACUCCAUUUUCCUUCAUGUGUUGGUUUCGACCAGCGUACAGGGCUUUCAAGAAUGACAGCUCUUUCAACUUUAUGGUCUUUUUCUUCGUCUUCUUCUUUCAACUUAUUGUGACAAGUAUACAGGCUAUAGGUAUUCCCGGUGCUGGAACUUGUGGUCUAAUAACAGCGAUUAAGAUGUUGGAUUCGACGGCCAAAGGUAUUUUUAUUGGUCUCCUCAUGCUCUUCAUUGCUAUUUGCUUUCUUCUUGCUGCAGGUGGUGAUCUCUUACUGCUCAGUAAGAUUCAUCGUAUUUAUCGUAAUUCUGAUGCGAGUGUUACAAAGGCACAGCAAGAGUUUGCUACAACAUUUUUGCGAAACGAGCAUGUGCAAAACGUUGCGAGCAAUGCUGCGGCAAGUGCAAUUCGUUCACAAAUGGCUAAUGCUAGCCAGCCACGUUAUUAAUUAAAUAACUAUCAUUUAUUUGUUCUUCAGAUAUACACUAUAUUCUGGCUUUAUCAUUCAAAUAAGUGGAUAGAUCUCAUUAGUUCCACUGUUUACAGAUUAUGCAAAAUAACCAUAGAAAUGCAGUGUAUUUACAAAACUUAUUCUUACAAUGAAUCACUGUAAUAUACGAAAAUUGCUUCACGAUUAAAUUUAUUCUCCGAUGUA